GAACCAUUGAUAAAGUCCAAGUCAACAAAGAAGCCAAGAGAGGACAUUGGGUGACCUGUUACUCAACUCAACUCGAUUUGAAUGCGCUCGUCACCAUGCUUUUGCUAGACUACCACAACGUCCUCAUCCACUCCCUCCUGACGGAGCGGUUCUCUGGAUCCACACCAGUCUCAAUCGACCAGAUCGUCUCCGACUUCGACGGCGUGACCUUCCAUCUGUCUACUCCUGAGUCCAAGACCAAAAUCCUUAUUUCCAUCCAAGUCAAAUGCUUCCGAGAGCUCGUUCAAUAUGGUGCCCAACAAGUGCUGGAAAGGGAGUAUGGCCCCUAUAUCGUUGACCCGGAGCCCGGCUACGACUUCUCUGUCUUGAUCGACUUGGAGAACCUUCCCGCUGAACAGGAAGCGAAGGAUGACCUCAUCAUGCGACUCGCCUUGAUGAAGCGCAACGCAAUGGCCGCCCCUUUUGAAAGAGCAUUCGACGAAUUCGCGAAGCUGUCGGAGGAAGCUUCCAGAUACACCACGGAAUCAGCUCCCCAGGGAGUUAAGGAAGGAGGAGAAGUGAUGGCCAUUCACUACCGUGAAGAAGAGGCGAUGUACAUCAAGGCCAGCCAUGAUCGGGUCACGGUCAUCUUCAGCACUGUCUUCCGGGAGGAAACGGAUCGCAUUUUCGGCAAGGUCUUCUUGCAGGAGUUCGUUGAUGCCAGACGUCGUGUUCUGACGCUGCAGAACGCUCCUCAAGUGCUUUUCCGCAAUGAUCCACCCCUCGAGUUGGCUGGAGUUCCCGGCCUACAGAACGUCAACGACGGCACGCUGAGUUACGUCACCUUUGUGCUAUUCCCUCGUCAUUUGACUCCCCAGAGACGCUAUGAGAACAUCUCGCACAUCCAGAUCUUCCGUGACUACUUCCACUAUCACAUCAAAGCCUCCAAGGCAUACAUUCACACUCGGAUGCGCAAGAGAACUGCAGACUUCCUCCAAGUACUCAACCGGGCGAGACCCGAGAACGAGGAGCGGGAGAGGAAGACGGCCAGUGGUCGUACAUUCAGGGUACAGGGGUAGGAGGAUAGUAGGUUUCUCGUUUUAUCUGUAUAGAAUAUUGCAAUUCGGGGAGGGCAGUGUAGGAGAGAUGCACACAUGCAUAGGCCGAUUCUGUUUGCUUUCUGGAUGUAAAUCUUUCUUCGUAUCAUAUGUUCAUCUUCUUUCUCAUUGUUCCCACUGGUUGCUCUGUUUGGGCCCUACUGUUGACGGGUGCAUGGGGCCCAAAGCCGUCUCAUCGAGCAUGAUCAACAGCGGAGCAGAACACCCUUGCUCUCUGAGAGUGCAUACUAUAGGAUGGAUGUGACAAGCAAGGGCGCGGGGAAGAUAUGGAUGUACUGACAGCAGCCUAGAGCCGG